GCUUGCUUCAGCGCGCGUGCUUGUUCGAAGCAGAAGCGGAGCUAUCGGUGCCAACGAGCCUACAUUGCUGCACACAGCCAUCCGCCAGAAAGAACCGUAAGAGAGAAGGAAGGAGAAGAAGGAAAAGGAGGAGAAGAAAAUGUCCACAGCAACCGCAGCACCCGCUGCGACGGGGGUACCCCGACAGCAGAAGGCGUUCAAGACGCAGGACAAGCCAGAUGAAGUGCGAAGGAGCAACAUGAACGCUGCCAAGGCAGUUAGUGACGCUGUUCGGACAAGUUUGGGGCCAAAAGGCAUGGACAAGAUGAUUCAAACUGCGAACGGCGAGGUCGUCAUCACCAAUGAUGGUGCGACAAUUCUCAAGCAUAUGGCAGUCAUGCACCCAGCAGCGCGUAUGCUCGUCGAGCUUUCACAGGCACAAGAUAUCGAAGCUGGAGACGGUACCACCUCCGUUGUAGUCAUCGCCGGCUCCCUUCUUGGUGCGGCAGAGAAGAUGCUUAACAAAGGCAUCCACCCGACCAUCAUUGCUGAGUCAUUCCAAAAGGCGGCGGCGAAGGCGGUUGAGUACCUAACCGAAAUAAGCACUCCGGUCGACCUGCGGGACAAGGAGAGCUUGCUGCGCGCAGCGAAUACCAGUUUGAAUUCGAAGAUCGUGUCGCAAUAUUCUUCGGUGCUCGCGCCCAUCGCUGUGAACGCAGUCACCCGCCUCCUUCACGCCUCGAAACCCAAGAACGCAGCCACGACUGCUUCUCCCCGCUCUCCUGCCACAUCGAACCCGACUUCGCCUGCGCUCAAUGCAACACGUCCGUCCAGUUCUUCAUCAGGCGCACCUGGUGCAUCAGUCACUGUUCCCGAGGGCUCCUCGGACACUCCAGCCUCAGAUGUGGAGCCGAUCUCGAUUGACCUGCGUGAUAUCCGGCUUGUGAAGAAGGUCGGCGGGACGAUCGAUGACACGGAGUUGGUGGAGGGCCUGGUGCUCGAGCAGAACGUCAUCACUUCAUCUGGCGGGCCUUCGCGCAUGGAGAAAGCCAAGAUCGCAGUGUGCCAGUUCCAGCUGAGCUCUCCCAAGCCAGACAUGGACAACCAGAUCGUCGUGAACGACUACCGGCAGAUGGACAAGAUCCUCAAAGAAGAGCGACAGUACCUGCUCAACAUGUGCAAGAAGAUCAAGAAGAGCGGUUGCAAUGUCUUGCUCAUCCAGAAGAGUAUUCUGCGCGACGCAGUCAAUGAGCUGGCGCUGCACUUCCUCGCUAAGCUCAAGAUUCUCGUCGUCAAGGACGUCGAGCGCGAAGAGAUCGAGUUCGUCUGCCGGACACUGAACGCCAAGCCCAUUGCGGACAUCGAGGCGUUCACGGAGGACAAACUUGCCUACGCCGAUCUGGUUGACGAGGUGCAGCAGAGCGGUGCGAAAGUGGUCAAGAUUACCGGGAUCAAGGACAUGGGCCAGACGGUCAGUGUGCUGUGCACGGGAGCCAACUCUCUGGUGCUGGAGGAGAGCGAGCGGUCGCUGCAUGACGCACUCUGCGUCGUGCGCUGCCUUGUCAAGCGUCGUGCGCUUAUCGCUGGUGGCGGUGCGCCCGAGGUGCACGUCUCGCGUCUGCUUGCGCAGCACGCGCAGUCGCUCAAGGGCACGCAGGCCUACUGCUUCUCCGCCUUUGCAGAGGCGCUUGAGAUCAUCCCGACCACGCUGGCGGAGAAUGCCGGGCUGAACCCCAUCGCGAUCGUCACCGAGCUGCGGAACAGACACGCACUGGGUGAGAGGACGGCAGGGAUCAAUGUCAGGAAGGGCCAAAUCACCAACAUCCUUGAGGAGAACGUCUUGCAACCUUUGCUCGUCAACACGAGCGCCAUCGAGCUGGCAACAGAGACGGUUGCCCUGCUCCUCAAAGUCGAUGACUUCCAGCUCAGCCGCUAAUGUAUAAGGCACCACAUUCAGGCCGGAUUGUAUGCUGUUUGUUCCAAGGUGCAAUAGCAUAGCAUAACCUAC